AAAUCUAAAGCAACCGGCCCUUCUAGCUUCUCUCCUAUGAUGCGCGAGACUCUUGUGAUAGCUCCUUGAUCUCGGAAAGAACCAGCGUCCUGGAUUGGGCUUGAACGCUGUCUAAAAAGUGAUAAAUAACCGUUCGAUGUCCACCCUAAGAAUUGAUUCUCGAGGACAAUUCAUAGUUCGUCGCCCAGGCAUCCAAUCUGUUUUUGAAAUCAGAAAUACCAAAGCUUACAAGUUCGAUCGCACUCCAACUCAAGGGGCAAUAUCAAAAUGAAAACGCCCUCGCUGCUCCGUCUCGGAUGGGUGUUUGUAUUGGCACUCGUCGUAGCUUGGGGGGUCUCCGCCUUGCCGGCGCCUGCCGAGACUGAGGACAUAGCGCUCAGCAAAAGGCAGGAAAUCCAGGCCGCGGGCGGCCAGGGGGGCGGCCAGUCGGGCACAACGCUCAGCGAGACGAUGACAAUCAAGGGGCACCGAACCCGAACUUUCACGUGGACAAUCGACAAGACGGCUAAACCAACCGUACUCAAUCUGGUCCAAGGUCAGAGUGGGACCGUGGACUACACGGUGGUGCUGACCAAGGACGACGGGACUGUCCGCACCUGGAUCGACGGGCAGGUCUGCAUCCAUAACGGUGGCAGUGUUGCAACUGAGAACCUCCAGUCAACCCUUAAGGUGACGCAGCCGCCGUCUUCUACGGUCAUACUGAGUCCGCAGCUGGAUGUGUCGGCUAAGCCGGUCCUGGCUGCCGGGGAGACCUACUGCUACCCCUAUAGCAUCGACAUCCCGAACGCCAACAGCGGCACCUAUAAGGUGACAGCCGACACGACGAUUACCAAUCACUCCGGGCACUUAGGAGAACCGUUUGGGCCGAACGAGUCCGCCACCACAACGAUUCCAGCGACUGAGACGCUCGUGCACAACUCCGUAACGGUCUCCGACACCCUUCAGGGCUCGCUAGGGCAGUUUUCCGAUGACGGGACAAAGCCCUACACCCGCACAUUCACAUGUGCUAACGAGGGAGAUAAUCCCAACACCGCCUCCAUCACCUACGACGACGGGUCGCCCGGGCCCAGUGAUCAGGCAACGGUGACGGUCAAGUGCAGCGGCGGGGGCGGCGGCGGCGGCUGCACGCGGACGAUCGGGUACUGGAAGAAUCAUAUCGAGGCCAUCACCCCGCAGCUACUACCGAUCUGGCUCGGCACAGAAGGCGGGUCGAAGAGCGUCAAGGUGGAGAGCGCAGCUCAAGCCGUCACCAUCGAGGGUAUCCCCACCGCUAGCAACGGCAUUGACAAGCUGUAUGCGCAGUUGCUUGCCGCGAAGCUCAACAUCAAAAGCGGUGCGGACGGCUCCGCUGUUGCAAGUACCAUCCAGGCUGCGGACGCUUUCCUCGCCACUAAAAAUAGCGCAGACUGGACCACCAGCGGUAGCCUCACCAAUGCGCAAAAAAGCCAAGUGAAUGGCUGGGCCACUACGCUGGACAAUUAUAACAAUGGUGUCACCGGCCCGGGCCAUUGCCCCUGAGACUGAACUAUCACAAAGCUUUGUCUGUUGGAAAAUGAUUGAGAAUGAUUGAACUGAUGUUCUGCUGUUGGAUGCUGCGAGGGAAGGGAGGUAUCCAUUUUGGAUCUGGUUAUGUCACUUUUGCUUGUGUUACAAACACAAAACAAGUCGGUUCUUUCUUUUUUAGUACGGAACCAUGUACUAAAAGCUAUUGGAGUGUUGUGGUCUUCUUAGCUGAGGUUAAUGUAUUGACUCGUUAGCAUAUGUCAACAUGUGUUGAGGAGGUGGAUAGUGGAUGAAUUCAUCUGAAACAACACCAUGAUGUAUCACCAGCUCUAUUGUAAAAGUAGAGGUCUAGCAGUCUCCGUAGAGAUAUGUAACCAAGUAAAGAUCAUCUAUUAGUUUCGAAGCUCAGUGUGUGUUGGACGGUGGCUUG